AUGAGUGCAAACUCUGCAAGUAUUUCUGCUUCAUCAGCAGGCCCCAAAAAGUCACUCAAGACUUUUGGCGACGAUAUCUGGAAGAACAAAACCGCCAAGAUAAACGCAGAGCUGUUUACUCUAACUUAUGGUUCCAUAGUCUCUCAACUUUGCACAGAUUUUGAGCGAGACUUCAAGAAGGUCAACUCCCAGCUUUAUGCUAUGGGCUACAAUAUCGGCGUGAGACUAAUUGAAGACUUUCUGGCUCGUACAGCUUUACCUAGAUGUGAUUCCUUAGCUCAAACAAGUGAGGUAAUCAGUAAAUGCGCGUUCAAGAUAUUUCUAAACGUAACACCACAAGUGGGCAACUGGUCUAACAACAAAGAUGCGUUUUCGCUGUUCCUCGAUGAAAACCCCUUAUCGGAUUUUGUGGAGCUUCCAAUGGACGCCGCUAAGGAACUCUGGUACUCGAACAUUUUGUGCGGUGUGUUAAGAGGCGCAUUGGAGAUGGUUCAAAUGGACUGCGAUGUGUGGUUUGUAAAUGAUGUAUUGAGAGGGGGUCAAAGUACUGAGAUGCGAGUCAAGCUCAACCGCAUUAUGAAGGAUGAGAUACCUGCUGGAGAGGAUUAA